ACUUUUUCCCGGCGUUUUCGUCUCGCUAGAGAGCGCCUAAAAGCCAGAGGCCAGGCUUUGCACCUUGUUUUCUCUCGCGAUGAUGUUUCGACGGUGCGUGCGUAGGGAUGCGAUGUUGCUGCUCAUGGGAGCGUCGAUGAUGCACUUGUUUAGCAUGUUCUCGACUCCUUCGAUGACUCCCAGUAUCCGAAGUACGUGGUUCUACGAGGCACCCGUAGAUUUGGAUCCCCUUCCGCCUCCUCCUGAGCCAAAGACAGUCGUACCGCGAGACGUGGAGACGGUGACCGUAACAGUACACCCAGAUCCGAAGCCAACACCCCUCGCCAACCCAAAUCGACCCACCUCCCUCCCUCACACGUCCAUCGUUCACCAUGCCCCAGGAUGGACACUCUUCAGGAAUCUGUACAUGUCCGACGGGACAUUAUUUAUCCUGUCCAAUAACAGGUCAUUCCCUGAUAUCAGGAUGAUGACCAGCACGGGGUUCCCAGCGGAGAACACGCGGGAGAAUAUUGCGAUGAGGGAACCGACGAGGCAUCAUAUGGAUAUAAUUACGCCUGAGGGAGCGAAACGGAGGUGGGGGGAGAGGGUGCUGAGCGUUGAGGGGAAUACGCUCCUGGUAAAUGAACCAAGCCAGUUCCUACGGCAUUACUACCAUCUCUGUGCAGAGCUCUUCUUCGGCGUCCAAGCCUUCUGGCACGGAGCCCAUUCUCAGCCUACCUCAGAAUCUGAAGGAGAAGUCCUCACCCACCCCGCCCCUCCCCCCCUCGAUCGCGUCAUAUUCGCCCACGCCACCACCGACGGAUGGCGCGACGGCCCCGGCUUCAACGGCUUCUUCCUCCGCGCCGCCUAUCCCUCGCUGACCGUCGAGACCUGGGAUGACUGGGAAGACCGGAUAUCAGCUACAGCCGGGAGCACCGGUGCCUGGCGCUUCCCCCUCGUCCUCCUCACAGACCGAAGCGCCGCCCAUCGAGGGCCGAUAUGCGGGAGCCAGACUCAGCGGAUCGCUUCCGAGGCAUGGGAUUACAUGCGCCGGCAUGGAUUGCUGAUGGGUAUUCGCGUUGGGGGGUGGUGGGAGCCCGUACGCGCUGCUGUGCUCAAGUUUGCUGGGGCGCCUGUUAGUCGGAGUGGGAUACGCGAGAAGCCUAUGCCGGAGAGGAUUGUUAUCACGUAUAUCAGUCGGCAGGGUGGGCAUCGGCGUAAGCUCAUCGAGGAAGACCACGACGUUAUGGUCGAGGCGCUGGAGGAGCUCGUGCAGAGGAAGAAUACGAGGAGGGACGAGGUAGAGUGGGAGUUGAAUGUGUUGCAGGCUGAGGGGAUGACUAAGGAUAUGCAGCUGAGUGUUAUUGCCCGGACAACGUUUCUUUUGGGUGUACAUGGGAAUGGGCUGACGCAUUUGCUGUUCAUGCCCCCGACGAAGCUCUCGGCUGUUAUUGAGAUUUUUUAUCCUGGAGGGUUUGCGCAUGAUUAUCAUUGGACGGCGAGGGCUCUCGGUAUGUCGCAUUUUGCGGUUUGGAACGAUACGUUCUAUACAUACCCCGACGAGCCAGGGGUUGAUUACCCCGAGGGAUUUCAAGGAAACGAGAUACCAGUCUAUGGACCUACUGUCGCUCGGAUUAUCGAGGACAGGGUGGACGGAAAGCUGUAAAAGUAUAUAAUAUUAUACCUAUCUUGUAUCAUACCAGCGAACAAUCCACGCGUUUGCUUUGAGGAAAGAUGCAGGAAG